AUGUCGAAGGUGCAGCGACUGGACGAUGAUACUGCUGAUGUUAAAACAGCUCUGAAGCGGAUGUCUCGCAAACAGCGAAGGGAAGCCCUACGGAAACAGCGAGAGGGGGCGAAAGCCAAGGGAGAUGAAGUCGUCCAUUGUGACUUUUGGGUAGCAGCAAAGCACCGGUAUUGUAAAUUCCAACCAGCAAAAGGCUCAACUAAGUGCAGUGUCCAUCAAGAUGAUGCUGAGGGGGAUAAGAAGCGAGUCCCAUGCCCGAUCGAUCCAAAUCAUACAGUGUACGAGCGGAAUCUCGAGAAGCAUAUCGCUGUGUGUAGUAAAACGAAGGAUAACGACUUCAUUAAAAGACAACCACUUUACGAUGAGGGAUAUAAUAUACCCGAGGGAAAGAGGCCAGAUCCUACACUAGAUGGUGUUUCUAUUACCAAUGGUGAUAAUGAGGAUGAGGACGCUGUGAGAAAGUUAACCGAUGAGCUCAGGAAGGAUAGCACUACUGAGAGAAUCGAUAUUGAUGGUAAAAGAGAAUACCGCUCUUCAUUGAGUAUGGUUGUGGUAAAGGCGGGCUCUCACGUUGGGUUAUGGAGUAUCGAAAACAACAACAAGGAGAAGAAGUUGGUGGAGCAAGAACAUCGAAACCUUGGUGGUGUGGAGAGGACCGAAGACUUGCAGGCCCCCCCCCCUAAAGCUUCGGUCACGGGACAGAUAUGUGUUGUACCAUGCGCUUAUCGUCUCUUUAGGACCUUCCUAUUAGUCGAUAGAGAAGCUCGACGUAAUAAACAAGAAAACCGCAGAGACCUUACCAACAACACUUCAACGUCAUCAAUGGUCAUGAGACUGAGAAUGGAUAUCGCUGAUCUAAAUCUUACUGACCUGUUCAUUGCUGAGAAACGAGAUCAGAAACAGCAACAACAGGAGGGCACGACAGUAUCUUCUACAGCUCAUAUUGGUUAUGAUGAGAGACUCGAAAAUCUAUGGUCUAGGAACGUUACUGUCAUUUUCCCGACCAUCUGCAUUGAUAGCAACAUGUUGUCAUCAUCGUUGUGA